UCACGUGCUCACCCGCCAACAUGGCGGCGCCUGAAGACUAGGAGGACUCCGUCGCUGUCGCCGCCCUCCUCCUCCUUCUCCUCCUCCUCCCCGCCGCUCUCCUUCGACGCCGCCACCGCAUCAUGCGCCAGGACAGCCGGACCAAAAACAUGUUUCUGACCCGCGCCCUGGAGAAAAUCCUCGCCGACAAGGACGUGAGGAAAGCCCAGCACUCGCAGCUCCGCAAAGCCUGCCAGGUGGCGCUGGAAGAAAUAAAAAUUGAGAUAGAAAAACAAAGAGCGGGAGACAAAGAUGUUUCUGCAUUGCCGAAAGCAAACUUCAUCGAGGCAGAUAAGUACUUUCUUCCAUUUGAGCUGGCUUGUCAAUCGAAAUCCCCUCGUAUCGUCAGCACAUCUUUGGACUGCUUGCAGAAGCUAUUAGCUUAUGGACAUAUCACGGGUAAUGCCCCCGACAGCUCAUCUGGAAAGAGGCUAAUUGAUAGGAUUAUUGAAACCAUUUGUGGAUGUUUUCAAGGAACUCAAACGGAUGAAGGUGUGCAACUGCAGAUAAUUAAGGCGUUGCUCACUGCUGUGACGUCAUCGUACAUUGCGAUCCAUGAAGGAACGAUCUUACAGACUGUCAGGACAUGCUACAAUAUUUACCUUGCCAGUAAAAAUCUUAUCAAUCAAACUACAGCAAAAGCUACUCUUACACAAAUGCUCAAUGUCAUAUUUACAAAGAUGGAGAACCAAGUGGUACAGGAGGCGAAAGACCUGGAGAAAAGCAAACAGCAUCAUGUCCAUCAGUCUUCUGCCGCACAUAGUUUAGUUGGAUCACCGCAACUGGAUCGAAUAGAAGAAAGUUUGAGCAAAAUGAUUGCAUCUGAGGCAGUCACAGAUCAAAUAAACACAGUGGCAGAGGAAACUGAUUGUGUUGAAACUGAAAAUGGGCCGAUGACAGCUCGUACAGAAGACAACGAUGUGAAGACUGAUACUGCAGGCAAUGUGGAUGAAAGUCACGAAGAAAAUGUUAAUGUAGAAGAGAUUGUGGGACAAAUAUUGGAGGAAAUGGUGGCUGCAGUGACCAAAGGAGCAGAAUUAAAAAAUGGUGAAAAUGAAACUCCAGAGACACCUUUACAAAUCCAAGUCGCUGCUGAAUGUAUCGAAAACCCGCAAGCUAAUGGCAUCCCUGAAGGAUCGCUUCAAGUGCACGAUGAUAAUUCAUUAACUGACACAAAAUGUGUAUCAGAUUGCGAUGUCCAGGAAGCUGAAGCUUUAGUAUCACCACCUACCAAUGCUAAAUUCUCCUACGUUUUGCAGAAAGAUGCCUUUUUGGUUUUCCGAUCUCUUUGUAAGCUUUCUAUGAAGCCAUUAAGUGAUGGACUUCCUGAUCCAAAGUCUCAUGAGCUGCGGUCAAAGAUAAUUUCACUACAGCUUCUUUUGUCAGUCCUUCAAAACGCUGGCCCAGUCUUCAAGACAAAUGCAAUGUUCAUCACUGCAAUUAAACAGUACCUUUGCGUGGCCUUGUCCAAAAAUGGAGUCUCCAGUGUGCCGGAUGUCUUUGAACUCUCACUGGCUAUUUUCCUUACUCUCCUCUCACACUUCAAGAUUCACUUGAAGAUGCAAAUUGAGGUUUUCUUCAAAGAAAUCUUUCUGAAUAUUUUGGAGACAUCCUCAAGUACCUUUGAGCAUAAGUGGAUGGUCAUUCAGACUCUGACCAGAAUUUGUGCAGAUGCUCAAUGUGUGGUCGAUAUUUACGUCAACUAUGACUGCGAUUUAAAUGCUGCAAAUAUAUUUGAGCACCUUGUAAAUGACUUGUCAAAAAUUGCUCAGGGACGAAGUGGACAAGAGUUGGGGAUGACACCCCUGCAGGAGCUGAGUCUUAGAAAGAAAGGAUUAGAAUGUUUGGUUUCCAUCCUAAAAUGCAUGGUCGAAUGGAGUAAAGAUUUGUAUAUAAACCCAAAUUUGCAGUCCAAUCUCGGGCAAGAGAAGCCGUCCGAGCAAGACAACAGUGAAAGCAAGCGAGCAGAGGCAGCGCGAAGACGAGGGAGCAUUAAUUCCUUUGACUCCACAGUGUCGUCUGGUGUUGGGAGUGUCAGUGCUCAAACGUCAGCAGCUGAUGAUCCUGAACAAUUUGAAGUCCUAAAGCAACAGAAGGAUAUAAUAGAACAAGGAAUAGAUUUAUUUAACAGGAAACCAAAGAGAGGCAUACAGUACUUGCAGGAACAAGGAAUGUUGGGCACAACAGCUGAAGACAUUGCACAGUUUCUUCUACAAGAAGAAAGAUUAGAUUCGAGCCAAGUGGGUGAGUUCGUGGGAGAGAACAACAAGUUCAACAAAGAGGUGAUGUAUGCGUACGUUGACCAGCUGGAUUUCUGCGAGAAGGACUUUGUGUCAGCGCUUCGAAUAUUUCUGGAAGGGUUCCGCCUGCCUGGGGAAGCGCAGAAAAUCGACAGGCUCAUGGAAAAAUUUGCAGCUAGAUAUUUGGAAUGCAAUCAAGGACAGACACUGUUUACAAGUGCUGAUACCGCAUAUGUUCUGGCCUACUCUAUUAUAAUGCUGACCACGGAUUUGCACAGCCGUCAGAUAAAGAACAAAAUGACCAAAGAACAAUACAUUAAGAUGAAUCGUGGGAUCCACGACAGCAAAGAUCUGCCAGGAGACUACUUGUCUUCCAUUUAUGAUGAGAUUGCAGGCAAGAAAAUUACAUUGAAAGAGACGAAAGAGUUUUCAAUGACACCAAAAUCCAUAAAACCAAGUGUAGCUACUGAGAAACAGAGAAGGCUCCUGUAUAAUCUUGAGAUGGAGCAAAUGGCAAAAACUGCGAAGGUCUUGAUGGAAGCAGUAAGCCAUGCACAGGCACCAUUUACCAGCGCAACACAUCUUGAGCACGUCAGACCAAUGUUUAAAUUGGCAUGGACACCAUUAUUAGCAGCAUUCAGUGUUGGCUUACAAGACUGUGAUGAUCCAGAUGUGGCUUUUCUCUGCCUAGAAGGCAUCCGCUGUGCAAUUAGGAUAGCAUGCAUUUUUGGGAUGCAGAUUGAGAGAGAUGCCUAUGUGCAAGCUCUGGCCCGCUUUACGUUAUUGACAGCGAGUUCUGGCAUCACAGAAAUGAAGCAAAAAAACAUAGAUACCAUUAAGACUCUUAUUACUGUGGCGCACACCGAUGGAAACCACCUUGGAAAUUCCUGGCUUGAGAUCCUGAAAUGCAUUAGCCAGCUGGAGCUGGCACAGCUAAUAGGCACAGGGGUGAAAACAAAAUAUAUUUCUGGUUCUCUGCGUGCCAGAGACGGGUUCACUGGAAGCUCUGGAACUGGAGGAGAAGAAUUCUUAGGACUGAGUACCUUUGGCAGUGCGGAUAAAAAGCAGAUAGCCAGCAUUCAGGAGUCUGUGGGGGAGACCAGCUCUCAGAGUGUCGUCGUUGCUGUUGACCGGAUAUUCACUGGAUCAACAAGAUUGGAUGGAAAUGCUAUUGUUGAUUUUGUGCAUUGGCUCUGUGCUGUGUCUAUGGACGAACUCGGUUCACCUCUCCAUCCAAGAAUGUUCAGCCUUCAAAAGAUAGUUGAAAUCUCAUACUAUAAUAUGGGUCGCAUCAGGCUUCAGUGGUCAAGAAUCUGGGAAGUGAUUGGAAACCAUUUUAAUAAGGUCGGAUGCAAUCCAAAUGAGGAUGUUGCUAUUUUUGCAGUUGACUCUCUGAGACAGCUGUCGAUGAAAUUUUUGGAAAAAGGAGAGCUGGCAAAUUUUCGGUUCCAGAAGGACUUUUUGCGACCUUUUGAAUACAUUAUGAAAAGGAACAGGUCACCGACGAUUAAGGACAUGGUCAUUCGGUGCAUUGCGCAGAUGGUGAAUUCACAGGCUUCAAAUAUCCGCUCAGGAUGGAAGAACAUAUUCUCGGUAUUCCAUCAAGCUGCUUCGGAUCACGAUGAACCAAUUGUGGAGCUGGCGUUCCAAACCACAGGCCACAUUAUCUCGGAUAUCUUCAAGAAACACUUUCCAGCAGCAAUUGAUUCAUUCCAAGAUGCUGUGAAAUGUUUGUCAGAGUUUGCUUGUAAUGCCGCUUUUCCUGACACCAGUAUGGAAGCUAUAAGAUUCAUUCGUCAUUGUGCCACAUAUGUGUCUGAGCGACCACAGGUGCUGAAGGAGUACACCAGUGAUGACAUGAAUGUAGUUCCUGGAGACAGAGUGUGGGUACGAGGAUGGUUUCCAAUUUUGUUUGAGCUUUCUUGUGUUAUAAAUCGGUGCAAGUUGGAUAUUCGUACAAGAGGGCUCACGGUGAUGUUUGAAAUCAUAAAAAGCUACGGUCAAACAUUUGAGAAACAUUGGUGGCAAGAUUUAUUCAGGGUUAUCUUUCGCAUAUUUGACAACAUGAAACUUCCUGAACAGCAGACUGAAAAAUCUGAAUGGAUGACAACUACCUGUAACCAUGCACUUUAUGCAAUUUGUGAUGUUUUCACACAAUUUUAUGAAAUCUUAAAUCAAAUUCUCUUGGAUGACAUAUUUUCUCAGUUACAUUGGUGUGUGCAACAAGAUAAUGAACAGCUGGCCCGAUCAGGGACAAAUUGUUUGGAAAACAUCGUGAUACUAAAUGGUCAAAAAUUCAGUCCCUUGGUGUGGGAUAAAACAUGCGACUGCAUGCUAAAUAUCUUCAGGACAACGAUUCCCCAUGCCCUAUUAACAUGGCGGCCUGCAGGCAGAGAGGAAGAUACUUCAGAGAAGGGUUCAGAUCUGGAAGCUGACAGACAAUCUAUCUGCAGCACGGAGCGAAAUGCUUCAGAGAAAGGUCAAAGUCAAUUUAGCCAAGUAUCUACAACCAGUGAUGAGAUUUGGAAAUAUAAGCAGAAUGCGAUAUCGGAUCAGAAGCUCUUUGCCACCCUCCUCAUCAAAUGCGUUGUGCAGCUCGAAUUAAUCCAAACGAUAGACAACAUCGUAUUCUUUCCUGCAACUAGCAGAAAGGAAGAUGCUGAAACAUUGGCAGCAGUUCAGCAGAAGGAUUCGAUCAUUCCUGAGAUUCAUAUUGAUACCGAAAACCGAGGAAUGUACCGAUACAUGACCUCUCAACAGAUAUUCAAGCUUUUGGAUUGUCUGCUGGAGUCACAUUCAUUUGCAAAAUCUUUCAACUCAAAUAAUGAACAAAGGACAAUGCUUUGGAGAGCAGGAUUUAAAGGGAAAUCCAAACCUAAUCUUUUGAAGCAGGAAACCAGCAGUCUUGCGUGCUGCCUUCGCAUACUGUUCUGCAUGUACACAGAUGAAAAUCGACGGGAUUCUUGGGAUACUAUACAGAAACGACUGUUGAAUGUUUGUUGUGAAGCGCUAGCUUAUUUCAUAACCUUGACAUCUGAAAGUCAUCGUGAAGCUUGGACAAACUUAUUGCUGCUCUUCCUCACAAAGACCCUGAAAACUAGUGAUGAAAAGUUUAAGAUCCACGCGUCUGCAUACUACCCUUUUCUGUGUGAAAUUGUGCAGUUUGACCUGAUCCCUGAACUGCGAGUGGUUCUACGCAAGUUCUUUCUGCGCAUUGGCGUGGUAUUCCGAAUCUGCCAUCAGGAGGAACAACCAAAAGAAGCUGCUGCAUAACAGAGUGGGAAUGCAUUUCCGAUUUCCCCCCCCCUCCCCUGUCAAUGGGAGGUAAUCCUGGUAGCUAAAGAAUAUGGUUCAACUUGGAGUGAAUUUCAAGCUUUAUUUAAGAGGAUUCUCAAAUUAACGGUGUUUAUCCUGUAUUUUAGAGGGUAUUUUAUGAGGCAGUUAUCCUGACUCACCAUGUAAUCUAAAGUUUGAGUUUUUAUUUUUGUUGUCUUGAAGGAAUGUCAGCAUUUUCCUUCCUCGUGUAUUUAAUAUCUGAAAAAAUACCCAGCAAAACCAUUUCAGGGAUUGAAUUGUUAUAUAUUCUGAAACACUACAGUCUUAAACAAUAAAUAUUAAAGUUGAAUGUAUAGUCAGCAAACUGUACAGUGUAAACUGCAGUCAUGACAUUCGUAAGUUGACUUGUCACACUGUCAAUGCUUUUAAAUAGGUAACGUGAGUAUGUUUUUCAAUUGCAGUUGUGAAAUAAUGCUUGACACAUUGGUAUGAAUUACUUAUUGUGGGAAUUAUGGUAAUUGAUAAAAGCUAAAAGUUUCGGUGAUCCAUCAGAUCAGGAAAAAAGUUAUCAGGUUUUUGUAUCAAUACUUGCCUGUCAGCGAAAGCAAUUCAAUUUUGUGUUGGGUGGAUGAGAAGAAUCUGAAGGCUUUGAUUUUUCUUCCUUGUGUAAUUGCAAUGGUGUUUGCACACUCAGUUUUUCUUCCAAAUUAUAAUCACAAUUAUCCUAGACAAUAAGACGAGCACAAUUAGAGUAAAUCGCAAAGUACCUGGAGUAACUCAGCAGAUCAGGCAACAUCUCUGGAGGACAUGGACUUGUGACGUUUUGGGUCGGGGCUCUUCUUCAGAAUCUGAAAGGACACCUGCCCACGACCUCCAGAGAUGCUGCCUGACCUGCCGAGUUAAUUCAGCACUUUGUGUUUUGCUCAGGUUUUCAGCAUCUGCUGUUCCUCGUGUCUCUGAGCACAAUUAGAAACACACCGAACACAAAAAAAACCAAUGAAGCUGAAUUUCAAAGCUAGUUUAGAGCAAGCAAAACUGUAUUUUAAAGUAAAAUAUACAGGUUAUACAAAAAUAUGAUUAAAUAGAUCGAUUACCUUGAUGUCCUCUUAACAUGAUCAAACCUCAAUUAUGGUGAAUGGCCAGAAAAAUAAAUGUCUUGCUCUAGAAUUAUAAUUUAGCUGAAUCCUCAAGGGCACAUCCUUCAUCAGAUAAAUGUAUCUUAAUGUUCAAUCUGCAGAUUUGGUAACAACUCAGUUUCACCAGAAUGAUUUGAAAUAUGGUGUUUAAAAAUGCAUCUUUCUGUUGAGGAGAAUGAGCUUUUUAUAUGAAUUAAAAUCAGUCACGUUACGUUUAGGCACUGCUGCCCGCUAGUUUAUUUAAUGGAUAGGGUUUAAUACCUAACUUUGCACAAAAAAUAUUAAUGAGCCAUUUGGGAUUAAGUAACAUGAUACUUAAUCAUAGGCAGAAUUUUACUCAAUCGCACUAUUUGUGGCAUCUUUUUUGGUUGAUUUGCUUUAACCCUCUUGGGCUUCAUGUCGUGCAUGUAUAUUUGGAUUAACUCGGAUGAAUGAUUAUCUUAAAAUCCACAAACGUGGAACAGAGAACUACUUUAACAUGGCUGUCAAUAGGAUGCUAAUGCCGUCUAAGGUUCGAGUUAAGAUCUUGGGCAGCCAAUAUUAAUUUGCAGCAUUUAGCAAAUCUGGUAGGUUUGCUAUGGGUUUGCUCCUAGUCGGCGACCAGUAUACCAUGUACCGCCAAAUGCUGUAUUGAUUCCACCAGCAGUACAGGCACUAAAUCGUGGAAAAGCAAAUCUUACAUUUUGCGACGACUCUGUUUGUGGAUUAUGCAUGGGAUAAAAUGUGGGGCGAGUGGGGGCACAAGACUCAUAAACCUGAUAUUGAUGCCAUCACGGCUUGAUGAAUGAUUGAACACGGGUAAAAUAGCAUCUUGCUUCCAAAGUUGACAAGAAAUGUAGUGAUAAUGGCUGUGGUGAAGUGAUGCACUGCAAAGCCCCGCACAGGCGAUUGGUCAAAGGUAACAAUGGGGCGUGUCUUGCUGUUGGGACUCUGGGUGGCAAAUGUUCAAAUGUCGUUGCUCAAGGCAU